GACGCUUUUAUAUACAGGGCAUUCUGAUACUCAUCACCUUUUUAACCUCAAAGGUUGUUGGGUAUGUGAGGGAAGACAUGCCAGCGGAUAAAAGCCCACGUUCGACAACGUGGGCGGUUAGGGGUGAUUUGCUAUGCUAAGAGUAUACGGACCUGCUAGGGAAAACCGCCAGCUCACAAGCAGGGAACGAUAUCCGUACUUCGUCAAGCCCAUCUGGAAAGCCAUACUUACACAAUAUAAUGGAUCCUGAUUCGUCCUCCUACCAUUCUACGACUUCCGGUCGACAAAAAAAGAUCAGAUGGUGGAUUACCAGCUACUCAGUGCUACCCUCCGAUCUUGGACGACUUGAGAGCGUCACUAUAUAAUUAUACGUACAUGUAUAAAGUCGUCGUCUUCCCCUUGCCUGCAUGGCCUCUCUCCCAUAACGCACGCUGCCUAUCAGAGACACUCAUCGGUUGUUGUAUGGUCGGUAGUGUCCUACUUGUAAUUACACGCAAAACGCAUCAAAGUUCAGGCAGGGAUCUACAAAGAUAUCUCUGGAACGAUUGGUUCCGGCGUCUAGCUCAGCAAGAACCAGGGGACCCCAAGGCUUUCAACAAAGAUCCCUUGACCCCAACAUGUGCAUGCAACACUCAAACCGAAAUCACUUGCAUUUCCGGCACCAUCGAUCAGGUUCCCGCUAUUAGUACGUGUCGUACAUAGUAGAUACGAAUAAAUCAACCGAUGGUUCGUCUCAAGUGAACAUCGACCGAUUUCCACGGAUACAUUCACUUCUUCCCGCUCUGUCCCGCUCUACAAUAAUGAUGACAUAUUUGCUGUGCAAUUGAUAGAUCCACGUGCAGCUGUCAACCCUGCAUACGGACCAUCGUGAUAGCAUUCCGUUCAGCAGUCAGAGCCUUAUGUGCUUACUGAUGAGCAUGGAAUGCUCUUUGUGGGUUUAGAACCACCUCGUUUCACUCCAAACCCGCUAGAGUUCGAGUAGCUUCAAUUGCUUUGCGAUCCAAUAUAUGAUGCCGUCGUCCACAGAUCGCGGCUGUUUCUUGAACUUUCACAAGGCACGCACACAUUUGGUUGUCCCGCUGGCAUGUCAAAUGCACUCCAGGUGCGGCAACCCUCCAGCAUGAGCGAACGUCACCUGGAUGCUCUCUGGCCUUCACUUUAAUGAUGAUAAUGUUUGAUCUGUUAGCGCGGAGUGCAGCUACUCACGGUUAGUUUUAACCGUUCAGAAGUCGGCAGUUCCAAUCAGGAACUACACCAAGUGAGAUAUUGUAUCUUAGAUUCAAAAGUGCUGCUCCACUACGUGCAUCAAACAGACUGGUGUGCCUAGGACAUCUGCAUAGCCCCAAAAGACAUUAGAUAUUUUCAACAACACUCGACGAGAUGGCCAAAGGCGUAAUGGAUAGUUACAAAACUUUCAAGAUAUCAAAACAUAACGCAAGCCCCCUUUCACCCGCCGGGGCCCUCCCUAUGACUGCCCUCCCCCCCGCCUUAGGAACAAUCAUAGAGCUCCAAUCCGAAGACGGAGGUAGCUGCUCGCACCACGCACACUACAGUCCCAGCCAACCAAUUCACACACGGGGAGUCGAACGCCGGUCAGUCGAGUCGCACGUCUGCGCUUUAACCAACUGGACUAUUCGGCCCCCUUAACUCCUAUGUGCAUAUACGGGCAUUUCAAGGAGACGGACACCUCCUGCCCGCGGAAUCGCGACACGUCGAACGCGACAACGUGAUUGGCUUACUAAUCGCUUACGGAACCAUUAGUGGAAUCCCCCAAGCAACUCCAAGGAUCAUUGUUUCGUACUUGGCAAAAUAAGGAAAGCUACUACACUAAGAUAUGGAUGAUGCGGAUAUGAAGAACCAUUGUUGAUAGCGCAUCUUCAAGGAAUGUGUCGCACCUUCAUGCUUUUUGGAAUAUAACAUUCGACUCCAUUGUCACUACAUCUCCACUACGUUAACCUACGGGACUGCAUGAUAAAAGUUUCUGAUAUUUGCUUAUUCCAGAGUGUCAUCCAUUUACAAUAACUUUUGCAUCAAUACAAAAUCUAUGGCCUAAUUUUGGGACCAAAAC